UAUAAGUGGUCGAAAGAAGACGGGUUCUUUAUAUUUUAUUUACGGUUAUUAAAUUAAAAAAAAAAAAAGAACAAAUUUAAUAUUUUUUAUUAAAAAUCCUGAGUUCGUACUAUUCGAAAAAAAUUUCGGAAUUACUAGUAAAAUUUCAAAAAUUUCCUUAAUUAAACUGUUAUAUUGGAUAAUCUACUUUUGAUUUUAAUCUAAAUUAUUUGAUAAUCUACACAUUUUCAAUCUGAAAAUAUGAAGAUCGAUGCGGAAUAUGAUUCUGCAAUUCCAAUAAUUGAAAAUUGGCUUAAAACACAAUUACAUUUACCACAGAAUAUUGAUCACAUAAUUUUAAAACGUUUCAUAUAUUCUUGUCAAGGAGAUGUUGAAAAAACAAAGGCUUUAAUUGAUUUAAAUUAUACAAUGCGGACAAAUUAUUCAAAUAUAUUUUUACAACGUGAUCCAUGUUCAGAUGAAGCUGUUAAAGUUUUACAAACUACAGACAUGCUCAUAUUACCAGGUGUGACACCAAGUGGAAAUAAACUUCUCUUUUACAGACUAGUUGAUUUAAAUCCAGAAAACUUUGCUUUCACCGAAUCAAUAAAAAUGUUCUUUAUGUUUGCGGAUCUUCGUUUUAUAGUACCAGAUCCAAAUGGUAUAUCAUCUGGUGAAGUUCCUAUAUUUGAUAUGGCUGGUUUCAGUUUAAAACAUUUAACACGUGUUGUUAUGUCAUCAUUAAGAGUAUAUAUGAAAUUUACACAAGAAGCACAUCCAGUACGUUUAAAAGAAAUUCAUGUUAUAAAUUGUCCAUCAUAUUUGGAUAAAGUUUUAAUGAUUGUUAAACCAUUUAUAAAAAGUGAAGUUUUUAAAUUGGUGAAAUUUCAUAUUCCCGAUUCCGAUACGUUUUAUAAAUAUGUCCCAAAAGAAAUGUUACCAAAUGAAUAUGGUGGUGUUGCUGGUGAUAUUAAAUCAAUAAAAGAAAAAUGGAUUGCAUUAUUAAAGGAUUAUAGACAUUAUUUAUCAAAUGAAAAAAAUUGGAAAGUUAAUGAACAAUUGAGGAAGAGUAGUAAAAAUACAACAUUUGUGGAUAGUUUUAAGACUUUAGAAAUUGAUUAAAAACUUUUUUUUAUGCUUUAUACAAAAUUAUAUUGGAAAUUUAUAUUAAAUAUAUGGGAUAUGUGUAUUAUGUAUAUUAUUAUUAAAAUCUAUAGAAAUAAUAUUUUAUUAUUUAAUUUGAGAUUGUUAUAGAAAAGUGAUGUUAGCAAUUUUAUUUGCUAUCAUAUUUUAUAUUCACUUUGUAUUAUAUAAUAUUGCAAUAUUAUGUAAAAUUAUAUAAAAUUUUAAUACAUUAAUUUUAAAUAAAAUCUUUAAUAAUC